GUACUCGGGAGUCGGCGACAACACGUGUCAGGUGGAGUGACAGGGAGGUGCGCAUAACGCCGGCGGCAGCAGCACCCGCGGGUCUGUUAGGCCCAUCCCAGCUCUGAGAGAAUGUUUCGUCGCUCAAGACUCAGCAUAAAACCUAAUGUGAAACCUGGUGGAAGAGGCUCAUCACAGACAAGCAAGGAAGAUGACAAGGACCAUACCUCCGUCCAGCAACCAAGUCCAGAAAGAAACGCUUCCAAUGAAAAUGAUGCUACUGAGUCUCAAGUUGUGGUAUCAGUUCCACCAAUGCCACCGCCUAAUGCAAGCAGAGAACAGGAAGAAAGAGAUGACCCAGAUGAGCAGCAGGAGAAUGUUCCAAUUAAUAAGAAUGACACGAAUGAUAAGACUGGAGAAUCUGGUGUCAAUAGUAAACUCUCUGUGGCACCUUUGCAAAGGAGGAAGCGUUUCUCUACCAUGCCAAAUUUAGCCAAACCCAGAUCUACGUCUACAUCUGCAUCUACACAACCAUCAAGCAGCAUAACAUCAAAAUCUCUUGCUCAACAACAAACUUCAUUAACGAUUGGAGCCAAUACUGCAUCUGUUCAAGGUAAAGCCUCUCCAUCACAGACCUCUGCUACUGACAAAGUGCUUCCAAAAUCAUUGGACAAACGCAAGCCCGCUUCAGGACAACUUAAUAAAUUGCCAGAAAAGAAAACCCCAAUUCCUCAAGUACCUCAGUUUUCUCCAGUUAAAAGUCCUGUGCACAAAGAUCCAGCUAUUGGCACCAAUACUAUUCGCUCACCUAUGACACGAAAGACUCUGUCCUCACCACUCAAGGAGAGGAUUAUGCCAAGCAGUCCACCUGCGAAAGGAAUUGUACCAUCCCCAAAUCACUCACCUGUACGCCCUAAAUCAGCAAAAAUUCCAUCUGACCUUGAACGACUGAGGAAAGCUCGAAAACUGCGUGAAAUGCUAAAAGAGGAGUUGAGGAAAGAGAAGAAAGCUCGCAGAGAAACAAUUCCAGUUUGGGAAACUGGUAAUCCCCCAGAACGUACUAAAAUGACAAUGAGAGAUUUUAUCUACUACUUGCCUGAUACAAAUCCAAUGCUAUCUUCGUUUGAAGAAGAAAAAAGACCAUCUUUCCCAGUUUUAACCAAAGAGCCUGAAGUGGGAACAAUUAAUCCACCAGCUAAUGAGGAUGAAGGUGAAGAAUCAGAUGAUGCGGUUUUGGGUCCACGUGUCAAAGUGGCUGAAGAUGGCUCUAUUAUUAUUGAUGAAGAAAGUUUAACGGUUGAAGUUUUGAGGAAGAAAGGACCAAUCGUUGAAGAAAACGAUCCCAUUUUUGAACGCGGUUCUCAAACGACUUAUUCCAGUUUUAGAAAGAGCACACACACAAAGCCAUGGUCUAAUAAAGAAACAGACAUGUUCUUUCUAGCAAUCAGUAUGGUUGGGACAGAUUUCUCUAUGAUUGGUCAGUUAUUCCCCAACAGGACAAGAAUAGAAAUAAAGAACAAAUUUAAACGUGAAGAAAAGUUGAAUUCAUGGAGGAUUGACAAAGCAUUCAAGGAGAAGAAGCCUCUCGACCUGGAUUUUUUUGGAGAGUUACUAACCCGAGUUUUAGAAGCAGAGUCAAAGAGAAAGAAAGAAAAGGAUGAGAAAACCAAAACUCAAGCUCCAAGAAAGCAAUCCAGGAGCAAACGAAACAGGAAAGGCAAAAAUGUGACAGAACCAGAAAGUGAUCCUGAUGACCCUGAUCCAGUCGAAGUUGCUGACACUGAAUUAGCUGAAGUUGAUUCCAAUUCUGUAGUGGAUGGAACUGAAGCAUCUUGCAGUGUAGAAGGUCAGGAAGAUGCACAGAAAAAAGAAAGUACGUCAAAGCCCCAUCCAACUAAACGCAAACGAAAACGGAAAAAAAAAAUUACUGCAGAGCCAGCAGAGCAAGAAACGACUAAAGAGCCACCUCAUGAAGGAAGUAGUUCUCAGGAAUCAAAGCAGGAAGUGCAGGAGUGCAAGAUCGGAACUCAGAAAUCUUCAGAUUUGCUUUCUGCUGAAGAAGACAAUGUUGGAGACCAGGUUGCAGAAGGUGAAGAUGAAUGCCACAUAGUGAAUGGUGAAAUAUCGCUUGAGCAAGGGAUCUCUGAAAAUAAACAGCCUUCCGAAACAAAGAAAAAAGUGAAUCACAAUGUUGAAAGUCAUUCUGUGAGUGAUCAUGAAAGUGAAGCACCAUCAAAAACAACUCCACCAGUUACAACAAAAACUUCUAAGAAAUCUCAGUGUGUUCGUGUUCAGAAACUUAAACCCAACUUAAAAGCAAACAGAUCAAAAAGAGUAGGAGGAAAAGAUGACGAUAAAACUGCUUCACAAGCUAUUAGAUUUAAUGAUGGUGACGACAAGCGUGAAGAAGUGCAAGAAUCAUCUGUACAGCAUGAGGAUGCUCCCAAUUGUGAUCCCCCUGAGAUCAUGAAUAAUGAAGUAUCAGAAAAGGAGAUCAACAGUGUCACAGCUGAUAAAACCAAGAAAAUAUUGGAAAGUAAAGCACAAGGUUCUGACACUGAAUCAUGGCCUGUGGAGAAACAAGAGGAAUCGAGGGCCAAACCAAACUCUGCAGCAAGGAGACGGUUCCAGAAGCCUAAGCCAAACUUGGGAAAAGCAGUUGUGUUAAUUGAUGAAAAAAAGAUUGCUCCAGAACAAGACAAAGUUAUUACAACCGAAGAGGAUCUAGAUUUCAAUCCAAAUAUCCCUGUUACUGAAGUUUGUGAAGUCAGUGAGAGGACUGGAUCUGAUCCUUAUUUUGCUUCAGAUGUACAAACUGUGGAUACUUUAAUAGCCAAUAAAAAGCAGGUACAGCAGGAUGCAGUGCAGGGUUCAUCAGGAGCCAGUGAAUCAAUGGUCCCAGUAUCUCAGUCAAAAGUGCAGUCUCUGGAGGCAGCCACUAAUUCUAUGGAAAUAGAGACACAAAGUAUUAUGGCUUUAGAUUCUGAGAUGUUGCGAAGAGGCUGCCAGGAUUCGAACAAAACGCAGCGAUCAGGAAUGCCAUCUGAGUGUGACGGUCAGGAAGAACAUGAAGAUUUGAAGCUGGAUUCCAUUCAGGACAACAUUAUUAGCAAACCAACUAGGUCUGGAAGGCAGCCCAGACCAACAGCGUUUUAUAAAUCUUCAGCAGAACAUAAACCAUCAGCAGCUUCUCCAUUAUUACCUGAGGCAGAAAGUGAGGAUAAAAGCAGGAGUAGACGUGCUCGGUCUCAAAAAACUAAACCCAAAGUCAGCAAAAGCUUGAGUAAGAAAGAGACUGUAACUAAGAAUGCUGGGAAAGGUCAGGGAAUUUCAAAAGCGAAACUUGUGACCUUGAGAGCAUCCCAGGAAGAUGAUGAUGAUGAUGAACCUGAGCCAGUAGAAGAGGAUGAUGUCUAUCUCAUCAAUCCUGAGGAGGUCAACAAAGUUCCAGCUUUUGUGCCAAUCAGCUUACGAUCUCCUGAACCUGUUCAUGCUGAAGUUGAGGAAACCAUGGAAGAGCUUGAAAUAGCAGUUAAUGUCUCAGACAAGAACUAUGACAGUGAAACUGAACAGGCACUCCAUGAGUCACCUGAUAAAAGUGAGCCCAGUCAGUCAUGCAGCUUAGCUGCAGAAGAAGAUUACAAUCCAGCAACUUCUGAUCAGAUUGAACUUUUUGUUGAAGUUAUUGAAAUUGCAAAUGAAGAUACAAGUCAAGAAGAGGAAUAUCCUGAUACAGAGCCAGGUGAUGAUUUACAAGAUGCUGUGUGCGCAAAUGUAAGCUAUGUGGAUCAGAAGAACUUGGAGCAGGAAACUAUCCUUGGUAGUGAUCCUCCUCCUAUGCCGAUUGUAGAGCAUGACACUGCACCUGAUGUAACUGAUGUAUGCACUGAAUCUAGCAGACUUGGUGAGCAACAUAUUCCAACAGAGAAAAAUGUGAAGGAUGGGUUUGAUUUGGAAGAACUUGCUCUUCCUAAAGAAGAUUCUCACAAUGCUACUGUUAGUAGCUCUUCAAUCACUGAGCAGAUGAGUUCACAGACAAACCAAGUCAUAAAAAGAUGCAGAUUUUUAAAACCAAAACCCAACCUCAGUAAAACCACUUCUAGAAGCCAUGCUAAAAAGAUGUGUCCUAUUACAGAGAGUAGAUCUGUACAGAACUCUAUAGAACCAUCUGAAACAACAUUGCAGAGGUCAAAUUAUGACAAUGAAACAAAGGAGAAUCAUGGUGACUCCUUGCAGCUCCACCUGGCUACAGCAGAAGCUGAUAAACAGCACCUAACCACAGAGCAAGUUUCAGUUGAGCAACCAAGUGAUAAGGUGUCAUUCCCUGAUGAGCAAGAGAAAUGUGUGGGAAAUCAAGAGCAAAUGAACAAAACUGAACAUCAGGGCUAUAGGACCAAGCAUCCUUGUGAAAAGGUGUCAAUACUUGGGGAACAAGACGUGCGGCAUGGAAAGAAAUCUAGCCGGACUGAUCAUUUGAAUGAUGAUACUCAGUAUGUGGUUGAACGUUUAUCAAUACCUGAACAACAAGAUCAAUACACAGAAGAUGAAGAGCAACCGAGUAGGACAGAGCAUUUGAAUGAUGAGACUCCGCAUGUGGUUGAACAGUUAACACUGCCUGAGCAACAAGACCAAUAUGUGGAAGAUGAAGAGCCAUUGAGUAGGAAUCAGCAUGUGGUUGAACAGUUAUCAAUACCUGAACAACAAGAUCAAUACAUGAAAGAUGAAGAGCAACUGGGUAGGACUCGGUAUCUGAAUGAUGAGAUUCAGCAUGUGGUUGAGCAGUUAUCAAUACCUGAGCAACAAAACCAGUGUGUGGAAGACGAAGAGCAACUGAGUAGGACUCAGUAUCUGAAUGAUGAGACUCAGCAUGUGGUUGAACAGUUAUCAAUACCUGAACAACAAGAUCAAUAUGUGGAAGAUGAAGAGCAACUGAGUAGGACAGAGCAUCUGAAUGAUGAGACUCCGCAUGUGGUUAAACAGUUAACACUGCCUAAGCAACAAGACCAAUACAUGGACGAUGAAGAGCCAUUGAAUAGGACUCAGCAUGUGGUUGAACAGUUAUCAAUACCUGAACAACAAGAUCAAUAUCUGGAAGAUGAAGAGCAACUAAAUAGGACUCAGCAUGUGGUUGAACAGUUAUCAAUACCUGAACAACAAGAUCAAUACAUGAAAGAUGAAGAGCAACUGGGUAGGACUCGGUAUCUGAAUGAUGAGAUUCAGCAUGUGGUUGAGCAGUUAUCAAUACCUGAGCAACAAAACCAGUGUGUGGAAGAUGAAGAGCAACCGAGUAGGACUCAGUAUCUGAAUGAUGAGACUCAGCAUGUGGUUGAGCAGUUAUCAAUACCUGAACAACAAGAUCAAUAUGUGGAAGAUGAAGAGCAACUGAGUAGGACAGAGCAUCUGAAUGAUGAGACUCCGCAUGUGGUUGAACAGUUAACACUGCCUGAGCAACAAGACCAAUGUGUGGAAGAUGAAGAGCCAUUGAGUAGGAAUCAGCAUGUGGUUGAACAGUUAUCAAUACCUGAACAACAAGAUCAAUAUGUGGAAGAUGAAGAGCAACCGAGUAGGACUCAGCAUCUGAAUGAUGAGAUUCAGCAUGUGGUUGAACAAUUAUCGAUAUUUGAACAACAGAAGCAGAGUGUGGAAAAUGAAGAACAGCAACUGAGUAGGACUGUGAAUCUGGGUGAUGAGACUCAGCAUAUGGGUGAACAGUUAUCUGCAUCUGAACAACAGAACCAGUGUGUGGAAGAUGAAAAAGAGCAACUGAUUAGGACUGCGUAUCUGAGUGGUGAAACUCAGCAUGUGGUUGAACAGUUAUCAGUACCUGAACAACAAAACUCGUGUGUGGAGGAUAAAAAACAGAGUAGGACUCAGCAUCUGGGUGAACAGUUUUCAUUAUCUAAGCAACAAGACCAAUGGGUGGAAGAUGAAGUGCAACUUGAAAGAAUUAAGCAACUGGAUGCUAGAACUGAGUAUCUGAGUGCAAGUGUGUCACCAACACAUGAUCAACUACAUACGACAUCUGAAAUUCAAGAAGCACAAUUGGGCAUGUCCUCUGGUGCAUACUUCACUCAAUCCACAUUGAGUCCGUGUCAGAGAACUGAUGCAAAACUAUCCAUACAGGCUCCAGAAUCAAAUGCUGAUGUUUCAUAUUUUGGUUACUCCCAACAGAUUAAUAUUACAGAAGCUCAAAAUUCAGAACACCAGGGGAUGUUGAACACUUCUGAGGAAAACUUAGAGCACAUGAUGGCAAUGGGAAAUCCAAAUGAAGAGACAUUUGUAUUAACCCUAGUUGAGAUACCAGCCUACUCCUUAGUGGAUUAUGGUGCCUCUUCUGCUUCCUUCACUCCUGUUUCAGAAGGCACCUUGGCGAUUGUUGAACCAGUCCUUCCCUUGCCAACAGAAAAUGCUGAGGUUACUGAAACAGCAAGUUAUGCACCUGCAUGCAGCUCUGAACCACCAGUGGAGGCACCUACAGCAUCUAGUGUGUCAGAAGCUGUGCGAUGUACAGAAAGUACACAACAACAAUGGAGCUCAGAUGUGCCAAGAUCAAAUUUAGGACAGAUGCAAAGGAAAAGAAAAGCUCAUGCUUUUGAUGAUGAACAAGAUCCUCCUAUUAAAAAGAGUCCAGCGACGAUAUCAAUCAAUGAGGAAGCAACAGAAAGGGUUCAAUUAAAUGAAGGGACUGCUCCAUCAAAAUUAGCCAUCUUUACUUCACUUGAGGAAUGUCCAGCAGCUAUAAGAAGUGGUAUGAUAAAUUCUGGUACUGAAGAAAUGAAUCUUCAAUUGGAAUCCACAGAAGGCUUCACGUCUACCCCCCUGGAGAGUGUUGGCAAUCCUGUUCCUGUUGAAGCAGCGACUGAGACACAUUCUGUUUCAGUUAAAGAAAUAAAAAAGUCUAUUUCACAGAUAAGAAGAGGAAAACUCACAGUGAAACCUAAUAUUCCUACAAAAAGAGCUACUUGUACUCUUGAUACGAGCAAAAAUAAAAAUUCUUUGAAACUUUCAAAAACUCCAAAAAAUUCACCUUCUGGAAACAUUUUACAUGCUGAAGGAGCAUGUAAUUUGUCAGUUGAUAUGAACUUUUCACAACAAAAGCCAGAAUCUGCAUUCCACAAUCAGGAUCAAACUGAUGGACAAGAACAUGCAGCUACCACUGAAGCAGGACAUUCUUCACAGACUCUAGCAGCAGUCAUACAUGCGGGUGCAAUGGUGGAUGCAGAUGUGGGAAUGACAGCAGAACAAUCUGAAAGUUGUACGCAAGAAAAAGCUUCAACUUCUAGUACAAGUCUAACAAGACCCGCUCGUAAACCGCGAGGAUUUUUAUCGUUUAUAUCUAAAAAACCCUCUGAGAGUGAAAGUGCAACCAAACCUCAAAGGACAACAUUUCUGAAACCCUGCGUGACUCUUCCAAGGUUUGCUAGAAAAAGACCAAUCCCAUCUGAGGAAAAUCCUGAGGAAACAGAAACAAGUACUUUACCUGCUGCAAAAAGGAAAUCAUUUGAAAAGGCAGGUGGGCACCAACCUGACAGCCAAAGUGUCCCAACUGAAGUAAGGUAUAGCUCAUCAUUGCAAAGUUGGCAGUCGGAAUCUUACACAGAGGAAGCCUGCUGUGCAAUGGAACAAGAUACAGAACAGAUGCAGCCAACAAGAGUUGCUGAAUAUUUCUUCAGUGAUAUUUUCACAGAAGUGGAAGAGGAUGAACAAGAAUGAUGAAAGAAAACCUUAUCGCUGCAUACUUAAUUGGUGCUGGUACAUUAUAUAAUGUGAUAUGUUCAACAAUAUGACACAAUCACAAUUGGAGGAGAAG